CAAUGCGAGCUUUGAAUGAAGAAAGAAAAUCAACAUUUAAAUAAAAAAGUGUUUUGGGUGAAAGUGAUGUUUUUAAAAUUAAGUGUUUGAAACUUAUUGCUUUUGAUUUGUGCAGAAGUUAAGAAUUAAAUCUAAAAUAUGGAAAGUCCUUUACGUAUUGCGAUCAUUGGUCAAAGUAAUUUUGCCGCUGAGGUUUUAGAACUUCUUUUGGAGAAGAACUACAACAUAGCCGGUGUAUUCACUAUACCGAAUAAGGGUACUCGUGAAGAUAUAUUAGCUGCAACCGCAAAGCAACAUAGUAUACCGGUUUUUAAAUUUGCCUCAUGGCGUCGGAAGGGUGAAGUUUUGCCAGAGGUUUUGCAGCAAUAUAAAUCUGUUCAAGCGAAUUUAAACGUUUUGCCUUAUUGUUCACAAUUUAUUCCUAUGGAAGUGAUAGAUGCCGCCAAUUUAGGUAGCAUUUGUUAUCAUCCGUCAAUUUUACCAAGGCAUCGGGGAGCCAGCGCUAUUUCGUGGACUCUUAUCGAAGGAGAUGAAGUGGCGGGCUUUUCCAUAUUUUGGGCUGAUUAUGGAUUAGACACUGGGCCGUUGUUGUUGCAAAAGCAAUGCAUAGUGGAACCUACCGACACUUUGGACAUUUUAUAUAAGCGAUUUCUCUAUCCGGAGGGUGUAAAAUCAAUGGCUCAGGCAGUUAAUAUGGUCGCCGAAGGUAAAGCUCCAAAAAUACCCCAAGCUGAAGUGGGGGCAUCCUAUGAUGCGGCAAUGUUUAAGGAGCAAAAUCACUAUAUCGACUUUAAAAAAACCGCUGAAGACAUCUGGAAUUUUGUACGUGGUCUAGAUUCAGUGCCAGGUGCUUUAGCAGUAGUUUUACAUGAAGAUGGUUCAGAGGAAAAGAUUAGAUUUUUUGGUGCUCAUUUGUAUGCGGAUGGUCCUGUCAUAGGUCCUAAAAGGUUAACAUUGAAAGGACUAAAGAAUCCCGCUUACAUACAUGACAGAGGUCUUUUACUUCAAGGUACAGACGGUAAAUUCGUGAAUAUUCGUCGUCUCAAAAGAGGUAGUAAAAUGAUUAAUGCUUGCGAUUGGUUCACGAAGUGCCAGCAAAGUCAAAUUUCUAAUUUUUCUAAAGAUGAGUUAGAUAAACGUGACGUUUUAAUUAAUAUUUGGCAUUCUAUACUCAAGUGCCCUAUAGAGGCAGAGACAGACUUCUUUGCCGCAGGUGCAGGAUCCAUGGAUGUCGUACGCUUAGUAGAGGAAUGCAAGGAUGCUUUAGAUAUGACUCUAGAUAGUGGGCAGGUGUUUAUGGCACCAGUUUUUGAGGAAUUUUUCUGCGAAAUUAUUAGAAGCUUGAGACAGGAAUCCUCGGCGGUUCAGGGGCGAAUACACUACGAUGGCUUUGUAUUACAGGCCAAUAAGCGAGAAAUUUCAGUACCCACACAAUUGUUCAUAAAUGGGGAAUUCAUGGAUGCAGAGCAACGAAAAACCUUAGAUAUUAUUAACCCAUCUAAUGAGGAACUACUUUGUAAAGUGGCUUGCGCUUCACGUUCGGAUGUAGAUAAAGCGGUGCAAGCUGCCCAUCAGGCUUUUUAUGGAGCCUGGCGUCAGGUAUCGGCGCGUCAGAGAGGCAAUCUAAUGUUAAAAUUGGCCGAUUUGAUGGAGGAAUACAAAGAGGAAUUAGCGACGAUCGAAUCUAUAGACUCAGGAGCUGUUUACACGUUAGCUUUGAAAACUCAUAUCGGUAUGUCUAUAGAUGCUUGGCGUUAUUUUGCGGGAUGGUGUGAUAAAAUCCAAGGCAAUACUAUACCUGUAAGUCCGGGUCGCCCUAACAAAGUCUUGACAUUUACAAAAAAAGAGCCCAUAGGAGUGGUAGGUUUGGUUACACCUUGGAAUUAUCCUUUGAUGAUGUUGUCUUGGAAAAUGGCAGCUUGUAUAGCUGCUGGCAAUGCUUGUUUAAUAAAACCUGCGCAAACCUGCCCUUUAACUGCUUUGAAAUUUGCUGAGUUAACAGUGAAAGCCGGAUUUCCACCUGGUGUGAUUAACGUCGUGCCAGGCACGGGUACAGAAGCUGGUCAAGCUAUAUCAGAUCAUGAACUUGUGCGUAAGUUAGGCUUCACCGGCUCCACAUCUAUUGGAAAGAUUGUCAUGCGAUCUUGUGCUGAUUCUAAUCUUAAGAAAUGUUCACUGGAAUUGGGUGGAAAAAGUCCUCUGGUGAUAUUUGCCGAUUGUGAUUUUGAAAAAGCAGUAAAAUAUGGAGUAUGUUCAGUUUUCUUCAAUAAAGGAGAAAAUUGUAUUGCAGCUGGUCGUCUGUUUGUGGAAGACCGUAUAUAUGAUGAAUUUGUUCGUCGUGUAUUACGCGACGUACGUUCCAUGACCAUUGGUGAUCCGCUGAAUCGUUCCACAGCUCAUGGCCCACAAAACCAUCGAGCUCAUUUUGAAAAGUUAAUUGAGUUUUGUCGUCGUGGCAUUAAGGAAGGAGCUAAAUUGGUUUACGGGGGCAGACCUGUACCUAAUACCAAAGGUUACUUCUUUCAACCAACCAUAUUUACAGAUGUAGAGGAUCACAUGUUUAUAGCGCAAGAAGAAUCGUUUGGCCCUAUUAUGAUAAUAAGUAAAUUUCACGGCAGCGAUGUCGAAUCAGUAAUGCGACGAGCGAAUCGCACCGAAUAUGGCUUAGCAAGCGGUGUUUUCACCCGUGAUAUAAGUAAAGCUUUGAUGUUUGCUGACAACAUUGAAGCCGGUACAGUAUUUGUUAAUGUUUACAAUAAGACUGACGUAGCCGCGCCUUUUGGAGGCUUUAAACAGAGCGGUUUUGGUAAGGAUUUAGGCCAGGAAGCCUUAAAUGAGUAUCUAAAGACUAAAUGUGUUACAAUAGAAUAUUAAAUAUAUAUAAAUAUACUUAUUCUAAAAGAAACUGAAGUAAUUCU